GUCGAUUUGUGUAAGACAAAAACAGUGUAAAGAAAGUCUAAAAAAGGGCAGACUCGAAAGGAAGCCAGUGUGUCACUUGAUCUACGAAUGCAGAUAAAACCUAAAACCAUGUUGUGCUUGACUUGCGACAUGGCUGCAUGCAUAUACACUGUAACAACAAUUUUACAAACUACAGGCCUACGUUCAUAUACGUGACGCUUUAACUUGAUUCCUUUUUCAUUUAAAUAUUGUAUUUAAUAGCUUUAUUAUCUUCCUGAAAUAAGUUCUAAGAUUCGGGCGUGGACAUUUCCACGUGCAUGCUGGGUGAACUUAUAAAUAUUCAUAUAUGGUCCACCCAUUUAUCUCAGAAAAUCUUAGAAAUCUCAGAACACCGGUGUGGACUGCUGUACCAUUAAGUGCUGGAUUUAUGAUGGAGUCGGAGGGCAUCGCGGGCAUUGAGCAGUUUGACAGCCCAGGGAAGGGCAGAGGACUACGGGUGAGCAGAGCGUAUGGAGUCGGUGAAUUGCUGUUCUCGUGUCCCGCAUAUUCAUACGUACUGUCCGUCAACGAGAGAGGAUUCAUCUGUGAACAGUGCUUUACAAGGAAAAAGGGUCUUGCAAAAUGUGGAAAGUGCAAAAAAGCAUUCUACUGCAAUGUGAACUGUCAGAAAAAGAACUGGCCCAUGCACAAGCUGGAGUGCCAUGCCAUGUGUGCAUUUGGAGAGAACUGGUGCCCCUCAGAGACAGUGCGACUGGUGGCCAGAAUCAUCGCCAGGCUGAGACACCAGAGAGAGAGAAGCCCAUCAGAGAAACUGCUCUCACUGAGGGAUAUGGAAUCCCACAUGGAGGAUAUGGAUAAUGAGAAAAGAGAGUUGAAUGAAGCACAUAUAGCCGGUCUCCAUCACUUCUACUCCAAACACCUGGACUUCCCUGAUCAUCAGGCCCUGCUCACACUUUUCUCACAGGUUCACUGUAACGGCUUCACUGUGGAGGACGAGGAACUCUCGAACUUGGGUUUAGCUAUUUUUCCAGACAUUGCCCUCUUGAACCACAGCUGCUGUCCCAACGUCAUAGUCACAUACAGAGGUAUCAACGCUGAAGUGCGGGCUGUACAGGAAAUCAGUCAAGGGCAAGAGAUAUAUACCAGCUACAUAGACCUGCUGUACCCUACAGAGGACAGGAUCGAGAGACUCAGAGACGUCUACUACUUCAGCUGUGACUGCAAAGAGUGCUCAACCAAAUCCAUGGAUAAGCAGAAGUUGAAGGUGCGGAAACUGAGUGAUGAGAUCAGUCAAAAGGAGAUCAGGGAUAUGGUGCGUUACGCUCGGAAUGCCAUGGAAGACUUCCGCAGGGCCAAACCUGAAAAAAGUCCUGCUGAGCUGCUAGAGAUGUGUGAGCUCAGCAUUGAUAAGAUGAGCACAGUGUUUGAUGACUCAAACAUCUACAUCCUUCAUAUGAUGUACCAGGCCAUGGGCAUCUGUAUUUUCAAUGAGGAUUAUGAUGGAGGUGUUAGAUAUGGAGAAAAAGUCAUGAAGCCAUACACUGUCCUUUACCCAGCAUACUCUCUAAAUAUUGCAUCUAUGUAUCUGAAGAUGGGCAGACUCUACAUGGCUCUGGACAAGAAGUCCACUGGCAUAAAUGCCUUUCAAAAGGCUUUGGCCAUCAUGGAGGUUGUUUAUGGAAAGGACCACGCAUAUGUAACAGAGCUCAAACAGGAAAUAAGAGGGGAAUAAUGUAAAUAGUGUGUACUGUUUAUGAUUGCACUUGAGUUUCACUUUGUAAAAGUAAACAAUUGGACAGACUUUCUUCAGUAAUAUGCUUAAAAAAGGCUGAUAAAAUAUUUCUGUACAAGAUAUACCUCUCAGAAAGAAGUGCUAUUGUAACAAGUGUGCAAAAAGGGGGGGAAACAAAAUAAUUUAUAUGAAUGGUUCUCAAUCCUGGUCCUGGGGGCUCCCUGCUCUGCACAUUUUGCAUGUCUCCCUUAUUUCACACACCUGAUUGAGAUCAUCAACUCAUUAGGAGAGAGAUCCAUGAACUGAACUAAUG